UCAGCCAAGAACCUGACCUGGGCUGACUCUAACAUUGGAGAACACUGAACACAGUAUCUGCUGAGCCAAGGACUGGGAGUCAACCUCUGAUAGUAUCUGAGGGGAAAGCCUGAAUUCAAAUCCUGCUUUGGCGACUGACUCAUCUUAUGAACCUACAUGAAUUUCUUAGCCUCUUCCAGGUUUUAUUUGUAUGUGGCUGAUUUCCAUGAAGACAACUCACAAGGACCUGAAUGGCCUCAUUUUAGCUGCUUCAGCGUGUGGAGCUAUUGCUUGCUCCUUCUCUUCCUGUGCCUGGUGUUACAGUGGCUGCUGAGCACCAUGAAGGUUGUUCCAGAGAAAAAUGCUGUCCGCAUACUCUGGGGGCGAGAACGGGGCACUCGGGCCUUUGGAGCUCAGCGGCUUCUGCAGGAGCUGGUGGAAGAUAAAACCCGGUGGAUGAAAUGGGAGGGCAAGAGAGUAGAACUGCCGGAUAGUCCACGCUCUACCUUCUUACUGGCCUUCAGCCCAGACAGGACUCUCUUGGCCUCCACCCAUGUGAACCAUAAUAUCUAUAUUACGGAGGUGAAGACUGGCAAGUGUGUUCAUUCGCUGAUUGGACACCGUCGUACUCCAUGGUGUGUCACUUUCCAUCCCACCAUCUCAGGCCUUAUUGCUUCUGGCUGCCUGGAUGGGGAGGUUAGGAUUUGGGAUUUACACGGUGGCAGUGAAAGCUGGUUCACAGAUAGCAACAAUGCCAUUGCCUCUCUGGCUUUCCACCCUACGGCUCAGCUCCUUCUGAUUGCCACUGCCAAUGAGAUCCACUUCUGGGAUUGGAGCCGAAGGGAGCCCUUUGCUGUGGUGAAGACAGCUAGCGAGAUGGAACGGGUCCGUCUGGUGAGAUUUGAUCCUCUUGGACACUACUUACUCACAGCAAUUGUUAACCCCUCUAAUCAGCAGGGUGAUGAUGAACCAGAGAUCCCCAUAGAUGGAACAGAAAUAUCUCACUACCGACAACGUGCCCUGCUGCAAUCACAGCCAGUUCGCCGGACGCCUCUCCUCCACAAUUUCCUGCACAUGCUGUCCUCUCGCUCCUCUGGCAUCCAGGUGGGAGAGCAAAGCACAGUGCAAGAGUCUGCUACCCCCUCACCCCCACCGCCUCCCCCUCAGCCCUCCAUGGAGCGCCCCAGGACUUCCGCUUACAUCAGGCUCCGACAGCGGGUCAGUUACCCCACAGCUGAGUGCUGCCAGCACCUUGGGAUCCUGUGCCUUUGCAGCCGCUGCUCUGGCACUCGAGUUCCUUCCCUCUUGCCACACCAGGACAGUGUUCCCCCUGCUUCUGCCAGGGCUACUACCCCUUCCUUUUCUUUUGUACAGACCGAGCCCUUCCAUCCCCCGGAGCAGGCCUCAUCAACGCAGCAGGACCAGGGCCUCCUGAACCGGCCGUCUGCCUUCAGUACAGUCCAGAGCAGCACUGCCGGCAACACGCUCCGCAACCUCAGUCUGGGUCCCACCCGUCGCUCUUUGGGAGGCCCUUUGUCUAGCCACCCUUCUAGGUAUCACCGAGAAAUAGCUCCCGGACUGACAGGAUCUGAAUGGACCCGGACAGUGCUCAGUCUGAACUCCCGCUCUGAGGCGGAAUCCAUGCCCCCGCCCAGGACCAGUGCCUCUUCGGUGACUUUGCUGUCUGUGCUGAGGCAGCAGGAAGGUGGCUCUCAAGCAUCUGUGUACACUUCAGCCACAGAAGGGAGGGGUUUUCCAGCUUCAGGGUUGGCAACUGAGUCAGAUGGAGGCAAUGGCUCCAGCCAAAACAACUCAGGCAGCAUUCGCCAUGAGCUUCCAUGUGACCUGAGACGCUUCUUUUUGGAGUAUGACCGGCUUCAGGAGCUGGACCAGAGCCUGAAUGGGGAACCCCCCCAGACCCAACAGGCCCAGGAAAUGCUCAAUAAUAACAUUGAAUCUGAGAGGCCAGGCCCCUCCCACCAGCCCACCCCACACAGCAGUGAGAACAACUCUAACCUGUCCCGUGGUCACCUGAAUCACUGUCGUGCUUGCCACAAUCUGCUAACCUUUAACAACGAUACCCUGCGUUGGGAAAGAACCACACCUAGCUACUCCUCUGGCGAGGCCAGCUCCUCCUGGCAGGUCUCCAGUACCUUUGAGGGCAUGCCAUCGAGUGGCAGCCAGUUACCACCUCUUGAGAGGACUGAGGGCCAUACGCCCAGCUCCAGCAGGCUGGAGUUGAGCAGCUCUGCUAGUCCGCAGGAGGAGAGGACUGUGGGGGUGGCCUUCAACCAGGAGACAGGCCACUGGGAAAGAAUUUACACCCAGUCCAGCAGAACUGGAACUGUAUCACAGGAGGCCUUACAUCAGGAUAUGCCUGACGAAAGUUCUGAGGAAGAUUCACUCAGGAGGAGGCUGCUGGAGUCUUCCCUCAUUUCAUUAUCCCGUUAUGAUGGAGCAGGAUCCAGAGAGCACCCAAUUUACCCAGACCCAGCGAGAUUAUCUCCUGCUGCAUACUACGCUCAGAGGAUGAUCCAGUAUCUUUCACGGAGAGACAGUAUUCGCCAGCGCUCCAUGCGCUACCAACAGAACCGGCUUCGCUCUUCCACCUCCUCCUCUUCCUCAGACAACCAGGGUCCAUCAGUAGAGGGAACCGACUUGGAAAUUGAGGACUUUGAGGACAAUGGUGACAGAUCCAGGCACCGAGCUCCACGCAACGCCCGGAUGUCUGCACCUUCACUGGGACGCUUUGUACCAAGGCGUUUCUUGCUGCCUGAGUACUUGCCUUAUGCUGGGAUUUUUCAUGAACGUGGACAGCCUGGCUUGGCUACUCACUCUUCUGUUAACAGGGUCCUGGCAGGGGCAGUAAUUGGUGAUGGACAGUCUGCUGUGGCCAGUAAUAUUGCCAAUACCACCUACCGGCUCCAGUGGUGGGACUUCACUAAAUUUGACCUCCCAGAAAUCAGUAAUGCCUCCGUGAAUGUGCUGGUACAGAACUGCAAGAUCUACAAUGAUGCCAGCUGUGACAUUUCUGCAGAUGGCCAGCUCCUGGCAGCUUUCAUCCCUAGCAGCCAAAGGGGCUUUCCCGAUGAAGGCAUCCUGGCAGUGUACUCUCUGGCCCCCCACAACUUGGGUGAAAUGCUCUACACCAAACGAUUUGGUCCCAAUGCCAUUUCGGUGAGCCUGUCCCCAAUGGGCCGGUACGUAAUGGUGGGCUUGGCCUCACGAAGGAUCCUGCUGCACCCCUCCACAGAGCACAUGGUGGCCCAGGUCUUCAGGCUGCAACAGGCCCAUGGUGGCGAGACCUCCAUGCGGAGAGUUUUCAACGUCCUUUAUCCCAUGCCUGCUGACCAGCGGAGACAUGUCAGCAUCAACUCUGCCCGCUGGCUGCCUGAGCCUGGGCUCGGCCUGGCCUAUGGUACCAACAAGGGAGACCUGGUGAUCUGCCGACCAGACCAUGCACUCUCUUCCACAGAAAAACAUACUAAAAGAACACUCAUGUAACUUUGUAACUCUCCUAAGACCUCAGGGAAAGAAUGCAGCUCUGGAUGGGGUUGAUGAUAAGCAUGUCGUGUGAGUGAUGCGGAGAGGGCAGUCUCUCUGUGUUGUCACUGUGGCUGGUCUCUGGCCUAGAAUGAGGAGAACAAACACAAAUGAGAAUGUAGGAGCUCAGGGCUGUCGUCUCUUUACAAGGUUGCUGCCUGUCCUUGUGUGAUGCAGCUCCCUGGCACACCCGUUCCCAAGGGCACAGGAUCCAGCCAGCCAGCUGGGCUAAGAUUACAGCCCUCCCUCCAAAACAGGUGGUUUCUGCCUUUGUCCCAGGCACAGGCAGCUGCACCUCAUUUUGUGCUCUCAAGUAUACUCUUGAUUUCUCCUUCAUUGUCUUAGCCUCAGUGCUCUCUCCAAGCACAAAGACAGGGGUCACAAGCUCCUUGGGCAUCUCUUGGUGGUACUGACACUCCCCCUGACAGUAGAAAAAGACCUAAGGAAACACUCCAUCUCUCUAGGGAAAGAAAUUCUUAGGACCAGUGAGGAGACAAAUAACUGACCCUUCAGCCCCUGUACAAAGCCAUUACGGUGGCUGGUCGCCAAGGCGGCAAGGUGCUCCUUUCUCCUUGGCUUUGCUCCCCCACUGCCACUCCUCCAAGCUGCUGCUCUGCCUCUGGCUGACUGCCAGCCCAGCCAACACCCCCACCAAUAACCACAGUGGGUGUGAAAUACCAGAUUGAUGUGAGGGGGUGCUUGCUCACUUCCGGCUUCAUAGAUCAGCCCUACAAAUGGGAGAGAGGUGUUUCUGGGAAGACCACUUCUCAGAGUCAGCUCAGAAGGCAGAAUUCACAGAAAAAAGUAGGCUCGGGCUGUGGGGCAUCUGGCCUUUGGCUGAGUGUGGGGCUCCUGACAGGGUCCCAGCUCUGUCCCCUGAGAGGGAGCUGCCACUGUAAACAGUGAUUACAAUCAAGCAUCAUUGACCACAGAGGGGAAAGGCACGCCUCUGAAUCAAAAGGGAAGCCACAGCAACUGUCUUUCAGGCUGUCUGUCCCACAAGAGCCAGGUGCCAACUCUUUCCCGCGUCAUGGGGAUAGCAGGGAUGAAUGCCGGUCUCCUCAAAACAGUCCUUUUCUCCAAGGAGACAGCCAUGCAACCAGUAGAUGAAAGAAGAGUGUUCUCAAAGGGAAUAUUCCCUAGAAGUUGGGAAGUUCAGAGCCAGAGUUCUUUGUGGAGCAUUGUCACCACUGAGGAGGCCAGGCGGGCUCCUGGCUGUGUUCAGAAGCACAGCUUACAGACGCUGCUGAAAGAAGCCGGGUGUUAAGUGGAAGUCCAUCUGAAAAGGCUGAUCUGACUGGCCUUGCCAUUGUCUCCAUCCCUUUGUGUGUUUGCUAAGCCCCCAGGAAGAACCUGGAGCAAAUAGUGACUCGUUCAUCCUCAUUAAGCCCCAGGGAGAUGGAGGUGGUUAGGCCCAUUGGCAUUGAAGACUGAGUUUCUGUGGCCAGAGAUGUUCCUUCAACUCUGUUCCUUGGUACCUGGAAUUUUCAAAUCCUUGAGCUUGUUGUAUUUGAGCUUUUCCGACCACAGAAAGGAGCCAUAUCAGGAUUAGAAAUAGACCUGUUGAUGGGGAACAGAAAGGCUUGGGGGGAGGGGGGAGGGUGCAGCAGUGCAUCUGAUGCAGUCUAUCAUCCUGUUCUGUUUCAGUGGCCAGAGUCCCCAGCUCUGAGCCAGAUGGGUGGGAAGAGUUUAAGGGGGACCCUUUGACCAUCAGCAUCGCGCUGACAGUCCCAGCUCCGAGUGGGCCUUCAGUGGUCUCUUUCCUGUGAUGGAAAGGAAGGUUCUGGUACAUGGUUUGGCGUGAACAAUUUGUUGUCAGUAACCAGCCCUGGCUAGCAGGAAUUACAGAGGAAGGAUUGGCAGGGACCCACAUGGUAUUGCCACCUGUCAAUAAAUCCUGACAAGUUUGCAAAUCAGAGGCUCCCUGGCAGCUGGCAGUGAUGGCUUUGUUUUGGAAGGCCUCUGCUGUUGACUUGUGGCAUUUGCCUUUUCCCUAAUACAAGAUCUGCCCCCCUCACCGUCACUCACCCAUGCCCGUGGUUCUCAGACAACCCCACCAAGCAGCUGAGUGUUUGGAAGAGGGAGGAGAUGCUCCAUUUUAAAGGGGUUCCCAGGCCCUCUGGGAGUUGUCUGGAGGAUUACAUAGAGCAGGGAAAGGAAGAGCACUUUUUGGCAGGCUGGGGCUCUUUCCCUCCAAAAUCACUAGUGUGCCCUCAGGUGAACCCUGUCCCCAGAAUCUUAGGGAUCCUUUAAAGCAGUGGUUCUCAACCUUCUGUCCCUUUAAAUACAGUUCUUCAUGUUGUGACCCAACCAUAAAAUUAUUUUCGUUGCUACUUCAUAACUGUAAUGUUGCUAC